UGUCGAGUGUCGAGCUCAUGCGUCUGUUGUGAUUCGGCUGAAGGAAUGUUAGUGGUGUAAUGCAUUAUCAAUGUUUACAUCCGUGCAACCAGUUCAGGCAAAAUUGGCGCAUGAAAAGACAAGUCUCACGUCGCUCCCUAUCUCGUGAAUAGGUUUAUCAUCAACGCAAAUUCAGCCACUGCACAAACUCCCAGUGAAGCGACUGAGAUCCACACGACGCUAAAGAUGGCGUUUAUUAAAGAGGAGAGUGAAGACAUAAUGAGGGUGAUUAUAAAAGAAGAGAGUGAAGACUUCAAUAUAGUCAUUGUGAAAGAAGAAGACACUGAGGAACACACAGAUCUGAUGGCACUUAAAGAGGAGAAUCCAGAACUGAAAGAAAUAGAAGAGAGUGAUCAGUAUAAGAUAAAUGAAAUGACUUCAUCACGAAAAAAAGUUCAGAAGAACGAAUCUAACAGUAACUUCAUCUGUCCUCAUUGUGGAAAGAGUUUCAGUCAGAAAACAUACCUUGAUGUCCACAUGAGAGUUCACACUGGAGAGAGGCCGUUCACCUGCCGACAGUGUGGAAAGAGUUUCACUCAAAAAGGAAACCUUAAUUCCCACAUGAGAAUUCACACUAGAGAAAUGUUCUCAUGUGAUUGGCGUGGAAAUAAUUUCCUAUGUAAUGAAACUCUUAAUUCAUACACACAGAGAAAACACUCUGACUUGAUGUCACUGAUAAAAGGGAAUCAAGAAAAACAUGAAAUAGAAGAAAAAGAUCAAUAUCAGGGACAUGAUUUCAUUGAUGUAGAAAAAUCCAUACAGACUGAAACAACUUCAUCACGAACAAUAGUUCAGAAGACCAAAUCUAACCGUACAUUCACCUGCCCUUAUUGUGGAAAGAGUUUCAAACUCAAAUAUGACUGUUUCACCCACAUGAGAGUUCACACUGGAGAAAAGCCGUUCACAUGUGAUCAGUGUGGAAAGAGUUUCAGUCAGAGAGCAAAUAUUAAUGCCCACAUGAGGAUUCACACCGGAGAGAAGCCGUUCACAUGUGAUCAGUGUGGAGAGAGUUUUAAAUAUAAAUUGACCCUUAAUACCCACACAAAGAGGAAACACUCAAACCCAAUGGCACUGGAUGAAGAGAAUCCAGAAAUUAAUGAAAUGGAAGAGAAAGAUCAAAAUGAGAGACAUAAUUUCAUGGAUAUAGAAAAGUCCAUACAGACUGAAACAACUUCAUCACAGACAGAAGUUCAGAAGACCAAAUCUGACCGUAAAUUCCCCUGUCCUCAUUGUGGAAAGUGUUUCACUCGAAGACAUAACCUUAUAUACCACAUAAGAAUUCACACCGGAGAGAAGCCUUUCGUAUGUCAUCAGUGUGGAGAGAGUUUCAGACUUCAAUCAAUCUGUGAUAUACACGUGAAAAGUCACACAGAACAGAAAGACUUCAUUUGUCAGCAGUGUGGAAAAGGCUUCAUUCACAAGGGAAACCUUAAUUGCCACAUGAGAGUUCACACUGGAGAGAAGCCGUUCACAUGUGAUCAGUGUGGAAGGAGCUUCAAAAGGAAAAUAACCCUUAAUAUCCACAUUAAGAGAAAACAUUCAGAAGAGAACUCAGUAAAACUCUCAUACGAGCACUGCAGUGAAACCUUUCACCUGCAAACAGUGAGGGAAGAGCUUCAAAUAUGAAGCACUUUUUGAUUCCCACGUGAGAAGUCACACUGGAGAGAAGCUUUUUACCUGAAAACUCUGUGGGACUUGGUUUGCGCACAAAGGAAGUCUUAAGUCACACAUGACAAUUCCCACUGGAGAGAAGCCAUUCAUAUGUGUUCAGUGUGGAAAGAGUAUCAGCUUUAAGUCACAGUGGUAACAGUCUUUACACCUGCAAACAAUGUGGGAAGAGCUUCUCAUUGAAAAGAACGUUUGAUGCCCAAGGAGAGUUCACACUGGCGAGAGUCCUUACAUCUACAAACUGUGUGUGAAGAGCUUCUCACAAAAUGAAAAUCUCACGGCUCACAUGAAAACUCAUACUGGAGAGAAGCCAUUCAUGUACCUUGAAUGUGGUAAAUGUUUGACACAUGCAAUAAGCCUUACUUUGCCACUCAAGGCUUCACUCAAGAGAGAACGCUUUCAAUUAUCAUCAGUGUGGAAAGAUUUUCAGUCAGAAAACGUCACUUGAGGUUCACAUGAGACUUCUUCACACUGGAGAGAAACCUUUGACGUGUAGAAAAGUUUCACAUAUAAAAGAGACCUGAAACGUCAUUUGCAGGCACGUUGUGGAAAGACGUGGGAGUGAAAUAAGCUUAGAAAAAGCAGCCAUUUCAAAAAUGCUCAGCGCAUUCAAUCUGGAGAAAGGCAAUUUAAACGUGAUCCAUGUAAUAAUGGAUCCAUGUAAUAAUAACUUUCUUUUGCCAUCAUACUUACAGAUUCACCUGAAUAGCCAUGCAGAUGUGAGACCACAUUUGUGUUCUUUGUGUGGAAAGAGAUUUAAAAGGCUCACCGGUUUAAAAUGGCACCAGAAAAUUUGUAUCUGUAUGAAACUAUAUUUACCAAGUAUGGUGUUUGUAUAAUUUUUAUUAAACACUUUUUUGUCUCAUCGAUAUGAACUCCUAUGGUUGCGCCUGACCAUCCGCUUUACUUUAGUUCAAAUACGCCUUAUUCACGGCAGCGCCAUCUUUGAUUUUUAAUGAGAAUGAAAGCGAGGCUGUGAGGGAUAGACUUGCA